CGACAGUCCCUGGCAGUGGCAGGGGGAAGCAAGGACUGCGAGACAGAGAUAGAAAGACGGAGGAGAGAGAGCACGAGCACGAGACUUGCAGGUGGCGAGAGCGAGCGAGAGCGUUGCUGGAGUGGCGAGAGACUUGCAGGGGCCAACCGGGGUUGCGAGAGCGAAUGAGAGCGUUGCGGGAGUGGCAAGAGACUUGCGAGAGCAGGUUGGAGGCCCUUGAGAAGGCUGGGGCCCCUGCUGGACCCGACGCUCCAUCUGAACCUUCUGGUCCAUUGAUGCCUUCGCCAGAUCCGCUGGGGCAGCCGGCUCCUGCGCGACCUCCGGACCCGGUUCCUGCACUGCCUGGACCUGUUUUACCUCAGCCUGUGGCGCCGGCGAAGCAGCCUCUUCGGGAUCCGUCUCUCCCUUUGGCCCCGGGUGCUGGUGGAGCGGCAGCUCCGGUCCGGGUCCUGGUGUGUGGCCAUUCGCUGGUCUUCUGGGCCUUCAGGUGGGCCAGCACCUCGCAGUGGGGCACGCAGUUGGGUUUCAGCCAGAGGGCCUCUAUAUAUUGGUUGGGCAUGCGUGGCAUGCUAUGGGGCCAGCUGCUCCCCGCGGUUGGGAACCAUUUAGAUAGUUUUCCUGCCCCUCAAGUGGUAAUUUUACAUUUAGGUGAGAAUGACUUGGGCUGGCGAACUGGCCUCUCAAUUAUUCGGCAAGCCGCAUCCGAUUUCAAGGUUCUUUGGAGCUGGAUCCCGGGGGUAUACAUCCUUUGGGUUAACUGGCUCCAGCGUAGAGUCUGGAGGGGGGUGUCUUUGGGUCUUGGGGUGGAGAAAGCCCGUCGCAAGGCUUCAGCGGCCAUAGGCCAUAUGGUUAGGGCUGCUGGAGGUAAAGUUGUACUCCAACCAGGGAUAGCUGCACGCCUACCUCAGUUGUACCGACCCAACGGGGUUCAUUUGUCCGAGGCUGGGUGCAAUUUGUACCUGAGCAAUAUUCGGAGGGGGCUUGCUGAGUUCUUGGAGGUUUAUGGGGCAGGGAGGUCAAGCGUGGGCUAACCUCCCUGUGUGGCAGUAGCAGUGCGGGCUACGGGAAAUUGAGGUUAGAUCUCGGUGAGCACCCUUGGUAUUCUAAGGUUGAUUGGUUAAUCGCUCCUUUGUUGCCUGUGCGGCAUGGGGAGAACGAUUGCCAAGAAACCAACUUCAGGACUUCACCAACCUUUGGGCUCUGCGGUCCAGGGUGGUUGAAGUCCUUGAAGUAUCCAGAUCACUUCCUGAAAAGGGGGUGGUUGGCUGUGAAGGGAUUGGGUGGGUCAUUCCUGCCCUAUUUCGUGAGCCAGGGUGUGUUGCCCAUGCAGGCUAUGUGCAGGGCUUUGGGUCCUUGCUCAUGCCUAGGAGCCCACAUUGUGGUUUAGCGGUGAUUAAUCACCUAAAGUUCCAGUUCGCCAUGUUGUAAUUUUAAUAAAGUUGUGGCCCUUUUCACCAUAUACAU